CUUCUCCUCUCUUACCCCAUUGAACAUCCCCUCCACUCUCAUUCCCUUCCAAAAUGUUUGCCCGUCAGGCUUUCCGCUGUGCUCAGCCUUUGAAGCAGAGCUUCCGUAAAUACUCGUCGGAGGCCCCCAAGGCCAAGUCGUUGGCUCCUAUUUACACUGCUGUUGGCGCUACCGGUCUCGCUGUUGGAUUGUACCGCUACUACUCUGGUGCUGCUUCUACCGCCGAGGUCCCUAUCGAGCGCUCCAAGGUCUUCACCGGUGGUGACCAAGGAUGGGUGGACCUGAAGCUGUCUGAAAUCGAGGUCCUCAACCACAACACCAAGAGACUACGUUUCGAAUUCCCCGACAAGGAAUCCGUCUCUGGUCUUCAGAUUGCCUCUGCCCUUUUGACCAAGUUCAAGCCCGCCGGCGCCGAGAAGGCUGUUCUCCGCCCCUACACCCCCGUCAGCGAUGAAGACCAGCCUGGCUACCUCGACCUGGUUGUCAAGGUCUACCCCAACGGACCCAUGUCUGAGCACCUGCACAGCAUGAACGUCGACCAGCGCCUUUCCUUCAAGGGUCCUCUGCCCAAGUACCCCUGGGAGGCCAACAAGCACGAGCACAUCUCCCUGAUUGCCGGUGGUACUGGUAUCACCCCCAUGUACCAGCUCAUCCGCCAGAUCUUCAAGAACCCCGAGGACAAGACCAAGGUCACACUCGUCUUCGGCAACGUCAGUGAGGAUGACAUCCUCCUGAAGAAGGAGCUUCAGGAUCUGGAGAACACCUACCCCCAGCGCUUCAAGGCCUUCUACGUCCUUGACAAGCCUCCCAAGGAAUGGACCGGUGGCAAGGGCUUCAUCACCAAGGAGCUGUUGAAGACCGUCCUUCCCGAGCCCAAGGAGGAGGGCCACAAGAUCUUCGUCUGUGGACCUCCUGGGCUGUACAACGCUAUCAGCGGUAACAAGGUCAGUCCCAAGGACCAGGGUGAGCUGAGCGGUGUCCUGAAGGAGCUGGGAUACAACAAGGAUCAGGUCUACAAGUUCUAGAUGAGGGAUGUAUGAUGUUAGCAUUUAGAUCUCAAGUUAUCAAUCAAUUGUAUGUACUUGUUGGGAAAUGAAAAACCUACAUUUGGCGAAGCGGGCCUGUUCUGUA